CCAAGAAGAGGCGCAAGACUCGAGCAGUAGCUGUAGAGGCAGGUCUAGAACAGGCAGUACCGACGGACACGGACACGGAUACGGACGGGCAGCAACUAGUUGUUAGUCCCUGUACCCUCCCUGCACUCCUCCUCAUCAGUCUCUUAGGUGGGAGAGCACUGUCUUACGGCGUUCUUGGGGCGUGCGUGAGUGUUCGUGUGUGUACGUGUGUAUGGGGAAAGGCCAACCAGGUUCAAACCCUCACAAACAACAGCCGCAUCUCAUCGGGGAAACUCCAAGCAACACAAACUCACACUCCAGCUCCAACUCUAACUCCAACUCCAACUCAAACUCCUGGACUGAAAGUAGACAAUUGAUUAUUGAUUUUGUCUAAGGCUGCGUGGAAGUUCGCAGCUUAACGGAGCGAAGCAGGGCCACAAAACAGAGUUGGCAACAAACACGGCCCCGACGAAAGACGAAAAGCAACAGCAAAAAGCAACAGCGGCGAACGAGAGACGAGAAAAAAACUGCGAGAAGAAAGUGUAAGACAAAAACGCGUUGAAAGGCACUCAGCCAGCCAAGGCGAGGGACGGAACGGAACGGAACGGGACAGCAGAAAGCUCGUCUGUGUUGGGCAAUGCCAGGCGUAUGCCGUCACAGUGUUGGGCAGCGGCGCGCGGCAUGAAGACCUACAAGAGCGUCGAAAGUGUCAACCAAAUAGAAUAAUAAGAAUCGCCCCAGCGACUAACCAAACGCAAAGCCUGUAAUCUGAAGAGCAGGCAGCCCUUGUCCCCCCCCUUCCAGCGUCUCUGUGACCCAUCGUCUGUGCCGACGGAAUAUUUCGCUUCUUUUCCUCAAAAUCACUGUCGGGACCUGAGGGACCAGCAAUCCGUCAAAAUAAGUGGCCACAUUGAGAAACUGCGACAAAUCAACAAACGGAAAAUGUUCUUCUCGCUGGCCCAGACGCUCUUCUGCGUGCUCCUCAUCCAGGGCGGCCUCUACGCGCUGCACCUGAGCGGCAAUGGCGAGAAGUCUUCUCCAUCCUCCAGCGUCAUGAUGGGACCGGUGGAUGGCGGUGCUGGCCAGGCGAUCGGCCCAGACACCUCAUCGUCCUCCUAUUUGACCUGGAAGCCGGCGUCGUCUCAGCAGCAACAACACCAUCAGCAGCAUCCGGGUGGCGCCCCGCCGGGCGGUGGCCACGCCUCGCACCGAUCCGCGGCAGCAGCCGCCUACGACGCCACCACGGUGCGGCUGAACAAGGAGAUCGCGGACAUGGCACAGCUGGAGCGGGAGCGGCUCAUGCUGCUGGCACGGGCAGGCAAGCAGACGGCGGAGAGCAACGGGCCGACGGGCCAUGGCGCUCGCGGACACCAGUUCAUUGCCGGACGCAUUCAGAUGCAGCCGAGCGAGGAGCUGGAUGUGGGCGACUAUCCGGCGCUGCUGCAGCAGGCAGCCAGGGGCUUCAUAUUCGGCAGCGUGCAUAGGGAGCCGCCUGCUCCGCUGAGCAACGAGGAGGACUACGAGCAGCUGGGGGAGCUGGACAGCCAUCCCGUGAAGUACUACGGCCGGGUGGUGGAGCCUGCGGAUCGCGAGCAGGAGAUAGAGCCGCCGCUUUACGAGCCGCUGCACUCUUUCGGGGACUUUGACGACUUCUCUGAGCUGGACCAGGAGCCGCAUCUCGGCGAGGACGAGCUGCUGCGCGAGCUGGACACCUAUCAGUACCAUGGCAUGGAGGAGGAGCCGCUGCCGGAGAAUCCCUACCGCACCCUGGAGCAACUGGAGCUGGGUGCGCCCGAGUCCAUGCAGCAGCUCUUCGAGCAGGAUCACCGCGACGGGCGCCCGGCCAAGUUGGCUGGUCACCCGGGCUCGACCCAUCCCGGCACUGGAAACUUCAACAUUCGCAUGCAGCAGAAGUGGGCCAGGAAGCGGGCUGGAGCCGCAAUGGACCGACAGCUCCCCUCGUUGCAGCGCAACAUUUUCGGGCAGCACUUCAAGCAGCAGCGUGGAUUGCUCUCGCUGGCCAACUCCGAGGCCACGGCCAGCAAGCACCUGAAGGCGAGUACCCGUUCCGGCAGCCUCAAUCUCAAUGCUCCCAAGGAUAUUGAAAAGUCAGGGCAAACAGACGCAAGUGGAGGCGGCAGUGCCGCUGGUGCCGCCAGUCAACAGCAGAACAAACCGCAGCACGAAUCCACAUCCGGAGAUGCUCAACCGCAGCAGCAGCAGCAAUCGAAUACGGAGGACAAGAAGGAGCAGUCCGAACAACAGCUGCUGCAUCCCAACCACAAGCGUUCCGGCAGCGUCAAGUCCGGCGGAUAUGCAUCAGCGCCAUCAGUCUCCCACAGCGUAGCCAGUCAGUUGAUGCUGCGCACGGCCCGCGGUCAGAGGCAGUACGAUGUGCCACAAAUCGAGUGUCCCACCGCCAUGGAUGGCAUGGAGCGAUUCGCCUGCCCCGUACCCGAUCGGCAGGGACGGUAUCGCUGCAUAGACGAUCAUGUUCUGUGCGAUGGCUUCAUCGAUUGCCCCGACGGCGAGGAUGAGGACCGAAGAUCCUGCAUGUUCUACAAGACGACGAAGGCUCAUUUGGAUGUCUUAGCGGAUGCAUUACUGCGAUGGGCGCGAGGGCGUUAGGCUCCAUUUCCCGUCCCCGCCCCCACGCUCUCAAAAACACUCUGAGACAAAAACACACACAGAUACACACUCGAUACAAAAUACACCUAGAAAACCCAUGUUAAUCAUAAAUGACUUACAACUAGUUUUAACAACUUCCCCCGCCCUCUUUCUUUAAAGCCCAAACACUCACAAACACACACACAUACACAGAAAAGACAACCACCCCGCCUGCCCCAUGAAGAGAGCAGGUUACCCCAGACCCAUAGACCUCACAGAAAAAUGAUAUAAAAGACACAAAAAUACGAAAGAAUGAACUUGCUGCCUGUAAAAAGCCCGCACGGAUUUCCACGUAAAGAAAGUAGAGAGAAACCAUGAGAGAAACUAAGUAAAACAAAUGAAACAAACGAAACGAAACGAGUCGAGUCGAGUCGGCGAUUAUGCAUAAGGAAAAGGUAUGAUUAUUAUUACACUAUUAUUAUUAAUUAUCAACUAAAAGUAAAAGCAAAACCAAACCAAAACGAAUACGAACUCGAACACGA